CACCAAAAAGCGAGAUUCUUGCUUUAUUUUAUGGUAUAGUCGUGAAGUGAUAUCACAAUGAUUGAAGUAAAAUGAGGAAAAAUUUGUGAAAUUUGUGUGAAAAAAUAAUGGAAUCCGUGAAUGUGAAGCAAGAAUUGGAAAUGGAAGAAGCGUCUGAAUCCGUGAUGUGGUACCAAAUUGAUGAAAAACCUAAAAUUGAUAAGAUGGAGUCUGUUGAGGCUCAAAUAACUACGGGACAAGAAGUGAGAGUCGUCAGUGCUUCAGUUGUGGCGCAACUUCAGGCACAAGGACUGCAGGGUAGUGAAUUGAAUGCCGCCAUUAUGGCUGCAUCACAGCCCCAGUCGACGGUUCAGUCUCAAGCGCAGGCUCAGGCCCAAGCGCAGGCUCAAGCGCAAGCCCAGGUGGCUCAGGUGGCGCAAGUUCAGCAGCAGCAUGCCCAGAAUCAGUCGCAUGUACAGCAAGUUCAGAAUCAACCGGGGCAGCAGCAGCAACCACAAGUGAUUACAUUGCAGCAAUUGCAGAAUUUUAUACCGCAGCAAGUUCAAACGAUGACCUCUGCUGAUGGUACACCAGCCACCCCAACAUCGGGGACACCAAUUAAGACGUUCGUAACAUCCCCACAGGUGCAACCGCAAGUAAUUAAUCUACAAGGUUUGCCCCAGCAGUUUAUUCAACAGGGAAGUCAAUUGGUGCAAAAUCCUGCAAAUGGGAUGUUUCAAGUGGUUCAACCGAUGCAAACACUAACAGUGGAUGGGCAGGAAGCUCUAUUCAUUCCCAACAUGGCUAAUUCCCAAUUUGCCGGGGCACAGGCUGUUCAAAUUAACGGCCAACAGGCACUCCUGACACCCUCUGGACAAAUCAUUCGAGCACCGGCUAAUGUUUUACCCGCAAACAUCCUGCAGAAUAUGUCACAACCCGUUCAGCUUCCUUCAGGUGAUUUUUCUCCAAAAGAUUCUGGUGGACAAGCUACACUAACAAUACCGGGAACAAAUAUAACAAUACCAUUAGGGAAUCAUGCAGGGGCAUCAGCAUCGGGGGCGAGUCAGCAGCAGACACAGCAGCAAAUAGGUGGGCAGCAGCAGCAGCAACAGCAGGCACAGCAGCAGAAUCAAACACAGCAAGCUCAGACGCAGCAGCAGCAGCAGACGCGACAGCAGCAACAAAAUCCUGCGCAACAGUCUACAACGACACAGGCACAGCAGCAACAACAAACGAUUAUUACAAUUCCAGGCACUAAUAUUCAAAUACCAACAUCUGCUGCUGCUGCUAGUGGGCUUAUGCCAGGUCAAAAUGUUCAAGUACGACCAGCUGGUGGUAUUCCACAAGUUGUCCAAUUUCCCACCAUGACGCAAACAAUUCCCGUUCAAGUGCCAAUCUCAACUGCCAACGGGCAGACAGUCUAUCAGACAGUGCAUGUUCCCGUGCAGUCAUUUGUAUCAUCAAUGCCAGGACUUGUGCAGCCACAGAUGCAAUUUAUCCCGCAAAUGACUCAAGUUGCGAACAUCAUAACGCCAAGUGGGCAAAUUCAGCAAAUCCAUUUGGCCCCAAUGAACCCCUUGGCGGGUCUUCAAGCAAGCCAAGGUGGUGCUCCACCGCAGAAUGUUAUUGUUCAGCAGGCAACACCCAACAUUGCAACUGUCUCAAGUUCCCAAGUCUCGUCUGUACCCACAUCAGGUGUCCAGACGGUUAGUGGUCAGGAAGCACCAAUGGGGCAACAACAAAUCACAAUUACAAACCCACAGGGGCAGCAGCAGCAGAUUACAGUGAUACCUGCACAGCCACUUCAGCAGGUGCGACAGAAUGGUGGGAUUAUUCAAUUGCCCAACUACCCUGUGCAACAUAUUCCUGGAAUUGGAAAUGUUCAGGUUAUUCCGGCAAGUGCACUCAACAAUGGCGGAGCCAAUGUGUUGACACCAGUGCAGGCCACUCCGAUAUCCACAUCUCAUCCGCAAACAUUCACACUGGCACCGCAGCUGAAGUUGGAGCAGCAACUGAAGUUGGAGCAACCGUCGCAGCAGUUGAAAUUGGAGCAGCAGCAGCAGCAGCAUGGUGGUACAAGUAGUGGUGGCAGUGUGAGCGGUGGAAGUGGGGGUGGUGAUGUAAAGUGGUUAAUAUCGAGUGCACCAGUUACAACACAUACGGCCGGGGGUAUAGCACCGGCAGCACAGCAAUUGGCGGAAAUUCAGCAAAGUUCGGGAAACGCGGGCACGCUGGUAUCGGCGACGGCGGGCGCAGCGGGUACCACGAGCCACAACAGCGCUCCCGUAAGCGUCAAUAUCAAGGUGAUGGAGGGUACGGAGGUACCCAAGCCUCGGGUACGACGAGUGGCGUGCACGUGUCCAAAUUGCACGGAAGGUGAACGCCAUACAGAUCGCAAGAAGCAGCACAUCUGCCACAUUCCCGGAUGCAAUAAAGUCUACGGGAAGACAUCGCACUUGCGGGCUCAUCUACGGUGGCACACGGGUGAACGACCAUUUGUCUGCUCGUGGCCACACUGCAGCAAGAGAUUCACACGUUCGGAUGAGCUUCAGCGUCACAGGCGGACGCACACGGGUGAGAAGAGGUUCGAAUGCACCGAAUGCAACAAGAAGUUCAUGCGGAGUGAUCAUCUGUCCAAGCACAUAAGGACACAUAUGAAGGCAAGGCAUAAUAUGGGUCUCUUUGAUGAAUCUGAUGAAAUGAAAACAUUCAAUGGGAUGAAAGAGAAUUCCGGCAUGAUGCAGGAGGUUUAUCAGGAGGAAACAGGAAGCGUCAAGGGGGCAGAUACGAAAGUGGAAAUGGAUGAUGGAGAACAGGGAAAGAGUGAGGUGAUUAUGACAUUAAUGAUACCCAGGACGGAGGGAAAUGCUGCUGAAGAGAAUGAUGAAAUGAUUUGGACUGCAGCACCUGUUCAUACCUCCUCACCUGUGGCAUCUACCGCAUCUCAAGCUUUUAAUGAAGCUGCUACGGCACAAUCAGCCUCAUCGGACAGCAAUGAUAGUUCAGAUGAGAAAAUGAUGAUCCUCGGGGCGGAUGAUGGGCUAGAUGUGGGAGAUAAUAGUAACUAGCAUUCAGAUAGCCUGCAUCAAAUGCAUUUCACCUCAUUUGCAGGGAGAUUGUCAUUUGGGCAGCUCUAAAAUAUCUUCUCCAUCUUCUCGAUUUAUUGCAUAAUUUCCUGUUAAAUUUCUUUAUUAAAAUAUUUAUAUUUUAGAACUUUUAGACAAGGAUAAAAAAAACUCUGUACAAAAAAAGUUAAAGAAUUAGUUUAUCAAAAAAAAAACUUAUUAGGCAAAUUAAUUUCUUGAUUUAUUUCUUAAGAAAAUUUAUAUAAUGAGAAUAAGGUAUGUAUACUAUGUUGUAUUGUAUAUAAUAUUAUGAUGUCAUAAAAAUAUUAAUUUGUCUAACACAAUUUUUAUUAAAAUCUCACACAAAUCGACGUAUUCGAUAUAAAAAAAUAGAAAUAUUUUGUAAAUAAAUUAGCUAAUAGGAAUAAAAUAACAAACAACUAAUAUUCAAUAAACUAGAGUUAUUUAGGUAAUUAGUAAUGUAAUUUAGAAUAUAGUAAAAAAAAUAGAUUUUUAAGGGUACUGUACAAAAAAAAAGAUCUAUAAUGUAAGCAAAAUUCAUUUUGAAAAAUAAAUGUUGUAUUUUUAAAA